AUUAUUGAUGGUGAAUAAUGAGAAUCAGGCUAAAUGAAAAAUUAAAUAAAAUUAAUUAAAUUAAUUAAAUUAGUGAUGGUUUAGAGAAAGAAUUUCUUUCUCCAUAAGAGAUAAAGAAGAACAAUAAGAAGAAAAAGAAAGAAAUAAGAAGAAAUGAAGCAAUAAACCGUGACGCAUUUAAAUUGCCACCUGAGUCAUAUCGUGAGACAAAAUUUUUUUUUCCGAAAAAUUUCCCAGGCUCCUUCCGACCACCCUCGGUUAAAUUUUACAAUUUCAAUGUUUUCUGCCGCAUAUUCUAUACUAUGUACCCGCCUGCCAUCUUCUUUCAAUGUUUACACCCUUUAUGGACAUUGAAAGACGAAAUUUUGCCAUAGGCUCUCUCCCACUUCUUCUUCUUCUUCUUCAUCAUCCAAUAGCAUUUUUUUCCCCGAGAUAAAAAGUGUAUUAUCUUCCUUUUUUCCUCUAUUUAUUCAUUUUAUUCAUUUUAUUCACUUUAUUCUCAAUGCCAAGGGGGCUGGUACCGACUUUAGAAAAAUUGGUCCUUUUUUUUCUUCUUCUUCUUCUUCUUUGAGAGAAGAAAUGUUGGUGUGAAAAUGGACACACGGCAACAGUAAAAUGAUGAUGCAAGUGUAGAAGUGUACCAAAAAGGGAGACCCUUGAAAAGCUGGUAAGGGACUGACCCUGCCAAGGGUGGAGCUUAAAAGAAGGGUGGUACCUUCCACUCGAGGGAAACAACAUGGGGCUGGCUUCAACACCAGUUGUUAAAAGGACUCGUUUCAACUUCUCAGGCAGUCUACUAAAUUCACGAGUUGCGACUGCACAUCCCAGCCAAGGAAAUACUCACUUAUUUUCGAAAUCUCUUAUAGUCCCGAGUAUUUUGUUUUUAAAUCCCCGAAAAAAACUCGUUGAAUUUAUUUUUUAAAUUAUACGCGAUAUUUUAAGUUUGAUGGUAAAAAGUGUGGCUCAUGUUGUGUGUGUGAUAAUAAAUUUUAGUCUAAAUUCUAAGGCAGCAUAAUGGGACCUAUGGUGGAUAAUGAUACGCGAGCCGCUGGUUUGCUUUUACACAGUGAUCCGUAUAUUUCUUGCUGGAAACGUAAACAAGCACAGCUUAAAGCUUACAAAUACGCGUCGGAUACUCUGGAUCUGACUGCAACACAGUUAUUGAAUAACAAUAACAACAAUAAUAAUAAUUUGAUAAGUUUCUUUAACGACAAUAGUGGCACUGGUCCACCAGAAGUUGUGAUGAAAGAGAAAAGUAAAAAUGCGGCGCGAUCGCGUCGUGAGAAGGAGAAUCAAGAAUUUUCCGAACUCGCAAAAUUACUUCCACUUCCAACUGCAAUAACAACGCAAUUGGAUAAAGCCAGUAUUAUCAGACUGACAACGAGUUAUCUUAAAAUGAGGCACGUUUUUCCACACGGCCUUGGAGACGAAUGGGGUGCGGCCCCUCCACCUCGUGAAUCGAAUAUGAAGGAAUUGGGAUCUCAUCUCUUACAAACACUGGACGGUUUCAUAUUCGUUGUGGGACGUGAUGGAAAAAUUAUGUACAUUAGUGAAACUGCAAGCGUGCACUUAGGAUUGUCCCAGGUCGUGGAAUUAACGGGGAACAGUAUUUUCGAGUACAUACACGAGGAAGAUCGAGAGGAAAUGGCACGUGUUUUAAUUUUACCACAGGAAUAUUAUAAACAUCCGGAAUAUCUACCACCACCGAAUGUUAGGGGGGAAAUUGAAAUUGAAAGGGCAUUUUUCAUUAGAAUGAAAUGUGUCCUUGCAAAGAGAAAUGCCGGCCUCACGAAUCAAGGAUGGAAGGUCAUUCACUGUUCGGGUUACCUCAAAGUAAAGCAAUGCACAGUCCCCGUAACAGACUACGAAGACAAAUACGAAUACCCCACUUUUGGUUUAGUAGCCGUCGGUCAUUCACUGCCGCCUAGUGCAAUUACGGAAAUCAAACUCCACAAUAACAUGUUUAUGUUCCGGGCAUCUCUCGAUAUGAAACUCAUAUUCCUCGAUUCCAGUGUACCAAAAUUAACCGGAUAUGAACCAGCGGACCUUAUUGACAAAACGUUGUACAAUUAUAUCCACGCGAGCGAUAUUCACGAUCUGGCCAAUGCUCACAUUCUCCUUUUGAAGAAAAGUCAGGUGACGACGAGGUACUACAGGUUCUUAACGAGACAGGGCGGCUGGGUCUGGAUGCAAUCGUACAUAACGAUUGUGAAUAAUCAAAGGAGUUCACGACCACAGUGCAUUGUUUCGGUGAAUUACGUUCUCUCUGGACCGGAGAAGCAGGAAGUGAUAUUAAAUACAGAUCAGAAUAAUACUUCCGUUCAUGGUAAUCCACCGAGUGCACCACUCACUGUAUCGACACCUGGCACUGCCAGCAUCAAUGGCCACGACGAUCACAGUUUGAGUCCAUCCUAUCGCAGUAGAACAGAUUCAGAAUAUCCGGACUCUGGUUACGCCAGUUUGGAGUACAUUGGAAGUACUCCGAAUCCUGGAUCCUAUCUCUCCAGUCCAUAUUCCACUCAAGCUAAUACGCCACACGAGGAUGGGACUUAUUAUGCGUCCGAGAUGUACGGCUACGACUAUGGUAUCCAGCCAAUUUCGUCAGUACCACAACCACAGCAGCAUCAUCAGCCAGUAAUUCAUCAGACCUCAACGUCAAUCAUGAAUGCCCAUCAGCACAGUCCGCAGAAUCCACGAAAAAGGCCAUACUCGGCGUGCUCGAGUUCCUGUGAAAGUUCCGACGCCUCUGACACUCAUCAAUCAAGUCCAUUGGGUGUCAAUUUAAUGGUAGACGGCCUCCGUGGUGUUCAAUCAUUCUCCAACUAUCAUCAUCCCCCACCACAUCAUCAUCAUCACCAUCUACUUGAAUCAUCAUCAUCUUCAUCAACAGUAACAAAUCUCGAAACAAAUGCCGUAAUGUUCCAAAAUUGUGGCAUAAGUAACAAUAAUUCAAAUUACAACAACACAAAUGCAAAUCUUCCACAUUACGAAAAUUAUCCACAUCAUCAUUCGGGUCCACAAAGUAAAAGAAGAGCAGUUCAAAUCGAUCAUAUCGACACUGGUCCUGGUUAUACAAGUGUCAUUGUCGAUUCACAUCAGUACAGUCCAAAUUCAAUACAAAUGAAUGUACAAACACCGGUUGUGUCCACAAAUACAACGGCUCUUCAUUCACAUCAUCAUCAUCAUCACCAUCAUCAUCACGAGGCACAUCGGCAAUUUGUACACUGACAAUCGGUGCAAGUGCCCAUUUAGCACUCGCCAGCUGAAAUAAUGCUCGAUGAGCAGAAAGACUUAUUGCCGGAUGUGACAAUUCGACUCGUAAGUUGGAGGGCCAAGAGUUCGGAAUGCUUUGAAAAUGGAUCCGAAUAGAAAGCAAAGAGGUCUUGGGAAAAAACAAUUUUCUUUUUAGAACAAUUUUUUUUCUGAGAAGAAUUCUCUUUCUCGAUGAGAAAUGAGAACAAUUUUCGAUUAUAUAGAACAAGGUCGAUAGGAUCAGUUCAAAAUUGAAUCCAAUUGACAUUUGAGAAAUGGAAUUUUCAGCACACAAGUAUGUAAUAUUUGUAUAAAAAAUUUUUUCUUCUUUUAUGCAGAAUGUAAAUUGAAAAUUAUUCUGUAAACUUUUUUGCACUUGCGUCUUUUUUUUCACUGAUUUAAUGUUAAUUUUAACUACAUUUUUUUUAUUAUCAAACUAUAAAAAAUUCUCUCUUAGUUUAAUUUUGUUAAUAUAUUCUUUUUGUCUCUAAACAAUUUAGUUAUCUACUUGAUUCGUUUAGUCAAUAAAAUUGAUUCGUUUUAUUUAAUAACAUUAAUUCGUUUAUUUAAUAACAUUUAAUUGUUUAAAUAAAAUUUAAUUGUUUAAUUCUUUUAUUUAAGUAAUCAAUUUAUUAAAAUUUUAUUCUAUUUAUAGAAAAAUUUGCUUUACGUUUUCUCUUUUUGGAAAAUAUUUCCUUUAUUUUCAAAGAUUUCGGAAAAAUUAGCGGUCAGUUGAUGUCAAAAGUAUAUUCUUAAGUUUUGGAAAAACCCAAGGGUUUCUAUUUUCUAUUAAGAGGGCUAAACACUUUGAAAUUUAAAAGCCGUUUAUUGCCUCUCCCUUUAGUUUAUUGUUGUGCUAUUCCGUUACACAAAAGAGACAAAGACGGUGGAACAAAAGCAGAAUAUAGAAAACUUUUUUUUUACACAGAAAAUUUUUUUAUUUUCCAAAAUAUCAAAUAUACUGUAAAAAAAAAUAUUUCUUCUAAUUAAUUUUCAUUAGAGGAAUUUUUCUUCAAAUUGAAAAUAAUUAUCAUUCUCUCAUCAAAGAAAAAAAGAAAAACUCGCGCUGGACGUGAGAGUGAUAAAUUUGGAAUACUUCGACAAAUUUAAAAAAAAAAACAAUUUUUGUUAUAAACAAUCUUAUUAGUAAUGAAUGAAACAAAAAAUUGUUUCAACAUUGUACAUAUAUUGCGAAUGAAAAGUCAAGUAAAUUUCUCGAUAGUAAUUUUUCUAUAGUGUUAAAUGUAAAUAAAAAUAAAAUCUAUCUUGCGAGAGGUGUAAAUUGACAUACUUUGCUAUAUAAAAUAUCAAUAGGUGUAAAUAAAUAAUUGAUAAUAUAAAAAAAAAACCCGAAGACUGACCGGUGCUGAUAUGCCAACCGACCAAAGAAUCCGCUAUAAAUUGUGGAAAAAAAAUUGUAUAUUUUAAUCCCGUUUUUUAAAAAAAAUUUAAAUUACCGUAUACCUAUUGCGUGUAAAAAAAACAAGUCUUAAUUUAAAUAUCCAAGCACUGUAAACAAUAGUCGUGAGUUUUUAUGUGAUUUCCAAAUGAAAAAAAAAUAAUAAUAAACAGUUUUUCUUCCAUUAUAAUCUUAGAUCUUAUUAUUUAUUUAUUGUAUAAUAAGAUCCCACACAAACACAAACAAACAAAAAUACAACAAUUUAUUCAUAAUGUACCUAGAAUUCAUUAUAGGUAAUAAACAUACUCGAUUAACUAUUUAUAUUUAAUGUAACAUCGCGAGUGUGCCGUUCAUAGUGAAGUUCGAAUAUUAUUUUACGCCAUCGCAAUAAUAAUUUGUGAUAUUGUAAAUAUUGUAUAACUAAAAAAAAAUGAAGAAAAAAAAAACUGAACAGAACGGUGCCUAUAAGCCGAAAAUAUAUCAUAUUUUCCUCUGA